UACCCAUAACUCAUUGCGCGUUUGCAAAUCACGAGAGUGAAAAACAGUUUUUUCACUCUUCAUUCCUCCCUUCGUUGAUUUCCCGAUUGCGAAUCAAUUGGAAAAAAAGGAAGUGUCUUUCCGAACCAAGCACGAUACAAGCUAGGUUUCUGGGAUUGUAGCGAAGGCAAAAAGAAGACACCAUGGACGAUUCAGAUGAGGAACUUCUGCAAAAUGCCGACAUUGGGGAAUAUGAAGGAGACCGGAAUGAGCUUGGUGAAAGGCACGGCCAAGGAAAAGCUCUACAUGGUAAUGGUGAUUUGUACACGGGCAGUUACUGGAACGGCAAGAGACAUGGCAAGGGGACAUAUAUCUUCAGAAAGGGAGCUAGAUAUAUGGGAUUUUACGAAAAUAACAAGAAAAAUGGCAAGGGGACAUUUACAUACCCAGAUGGGUCAAGAUACGAAGGAACAUGGUCAGAUGAUGAAAGGCACGGUGUAGGCACAUAUUUUUAUACCAAUGGAGAUACUUAUGAGGGGGAAUGGAGGAGCAACCGGCGUCAUGGCAAAGGCACCUACACUGAUGCUCACACCAAUGUUAAGCUUGAAGGUACUUGGGAGAAAGGCAAGCUGAACGGCCAUUGCAAAAUUAUCCACAGUGACCACAGAUUUGAGGGAGUCUUUGCCGAAAAUUUACCUACAGGUCCUGGCAAGUAUGUGUUUGAGAAAGGGUUUAUCCAGUACGGAUUGUACCACAUUGUUGAAAAGAAACAAAGCAAGUAUGAUGAGGAGGAGGAACCCACAAGGACCCCUAUCUGGAAAUGUGUGGCAUUGGAGGCUACAAUCCCUGUGUAAAAUGGCCCAGUAUGUCAGAGUCGUACAGUUUUUGUCAUUUUUGUACAACAACUAAAUUUAUGAGAACAUUUGGUCAAGUUUGAAACAUUUUAUAUAGAUUUUUAUUGAAAAUAUCAUUCAUAUUUGUAUGACAAAUAAAAUACUACAUUGAUACUAA